GUUUGAAAUGUUAGCCUGUUGGAACACGCCACAGGCUGAGUGAUGGGGAAAGAUGAAUUUAGAUGUAUUGAAUGUAACGAAAAAGCCUCGGAGUUACACAGGGAUUACAGUAACGGAAUCUUGAAGAUUACAAUAUGUAAGUCAUGCCAGAAACCAGUGGAUAAGUACAUUGAAUAUGACCCAGUUAUCAUCCUCAUUGAUGCCAUAUUGUGCAAGGCACAGGCUUUCAGACACAUUUUGUUCAACACAAGCUUGAAUAUUCACUGGAAGCUUUGUGUUUUCUGCCUGCUGUGUGAGGCGUACCUCCGAUGGUCUCUGCUUCAUGGCUCCGAGCAGAGCAGUGACCCUGCUGACAUCAUCAGGUACACCAAGGAGUGGGACUUCUACAGUAUGUUUGGGCUGGCUGCCCUCGAGCUGUCGGCGUUCUGCUGCGGCGUGUUGUGGUUCCUCUGGCUGGUGGUGGGUCGUCUGCAGGGUGGGACCAUGGAGAUGAGCCUCCUCCUCCGAGCUUUGCUGCUCUCCUGCUAUGGGAAAGUCCUCCUCAUCCCCGCUGUGAUCUGGGAGCACGACUACUCACCGCUCUGCCUCGGCCUCAUCAAGCUGUUUGUGCUCACGUCAAACUCACAGGCUAUCAGAGUGAUCCUGAACAGCAGCAGGCGUCUCUCGUUGCUGGCCGUGUGUUUCGGCCUGCUGUCAGAGACUUGUGUGGCUCAGGCCUGUAAGAAGAUACCAUGGAGCAUCGAGGACUUGGUGACUUUUGAAUGAAUGGUUCAUCAAAUUGAGAUGACUGUGAAGGAACUCAGGAAAUAAAAUGUGAUUUUUAAUGCUGACCUGAGGCAAAGUUGAAGCUGGAGCUGGUGAACUUUUUGCACAAUGAGGAGAAAUGGGACAAGAAGAUGGCAUCAAAAUAGACAAGUGUUUUCUCUUUAUGGAGGAUCAAAAUCCAUCUUCAGUUUUGAAGACUCAAGGCAAUGACCUUGGUCUUUUUAUUUUUAUGGGUACCAUACUCUCUUGUCUUUUACUGUAUUGUAUUGUUACUCAUGCUUCAAUUCUCUGAAGCCUCUCUCUCUAAGAAUGACACAAACACAAAACCAGAGGCUGUAAUUUAAUAAAAAAUUCUUCUCUGUUUAGACAGAAACCGA